AUGGCAUUCCCUGUGGAUAUGCUAGAUAACUGCAGUCAUGAGGAACUGGAAAAUUCUGCUGAAGAUUACAUGUCAGAUUUAAGGUGUGGGGAUCCUGAAAAUCCAGAGUAUUUUUCUCUUCUCAAUAUUACGAUUCCUAUUAGCCUUUCAAAUGUAGGCUUUGUACCUCUUUAUGGUGGAGAUCAGACCCAGAAAAUUCUUGCUCUUUUUGCACCCGAGGAUUCACUCACAGCUGUGGCACUUUACCUUGCUGAUCAGUGGUGGGCUAUUGAUGAUAUUGUGAAAACGUCUCUUCCUUCUAGAGAUGGGCUUAAGCAGGUGAGCACUCUUGGGGAGAGAGUGGUUCUGUAUGUUCUGAAUCGAAUUAUUUAUAGAAAACAGGAAAUGGAGAGAAAUGAGAUCCCGUUCCUGUGUCAUAGCAGUACUGAUUAUGCUAAGAUUCUGUGGAAGAAAGGAGAGGCCAUUGGGUUUUAUUCAGUUAAGCCUACAGGAAGCAUGUGUACCUCAUUUCUUACCCAAAGUUACCAACUGCCAGUUCUUGAUACAAUGUUUGUAAGAAAGAAAUACCGGGGCAGAGAUUUUGGGCUUAAUAUGCUGGAGGAUUUCGUUGAUUCCUUUACAGAAGAUGCUCUUGGCUUGCGGUAUCCACUGUCUUCUCUAAUGUGCACAGCUUGUAAGCAAUACUUUGAAAAGUAUCCAGGAGACCAUGAACUCCUUUGGGAAGUUGAAGGUGUUGGACACUGGUACCAGCGAAUACCAGUCACCAGAGCAUUGCAGAGAGAAACACUUAAAAUUCCAGCAGUUUCUCAAAAUGAAGCUAAAAGACCUGUGUCUGGAGAAUAUGGUGUCGCAUCUGUUCCGGAAUAUGAAACAGGAAGUGAAGACAAUCAGGCUAGCGAGAUGCAGCUCACUAUCGAUUCCUUAAAAGAUGCCUUUGCCAGUACUUCAGAAGGUCAUGACAAAACACCAGUUUCAACUCGUACUCGAAGUAGUAAUUUAAAACGACCAAAGAUUGGAAAGCGGUUUCAAGAUUCUGAAUUCAGUAGUUCUCAAGGUGAAGAUGAAAAGACUCCCCAGACUUCACCUACAGCUUCAAUAAACAAACUUGAGUCUACUGCACGUACAUCAGAAAGCUCAGAAGAAUUUCCAGAAGAAGAACCUGAACCGAGAGUGACAGAGUUUGAGGAUGAAAGUAGUGAUAAAGAUACACGGCCAGGACCAGAAACCCAGACACGCCCAGAGAAGCAAGAUGGUGAAAAGGAAUCUGAGUCAGAGCCUAUGAAUGGUGAGAUAAUGGAUGAUACUCUAAAGACCUCACUUAUAACUGAGGAGGAAGACUCCACCAGUGAAGUUUUAGAUGAAGAAUUAAAGUUGCAGUCUUUUAAUUCUAAUGAAGACUCUACAAAUCUUGUCCCACUGGUGGUAGAAUCUUCAAAACCCUCUGAGGCUGUUGUGGCAGAUAAGACCCCACAAAUAACUGAUUCAGAAAUGUUGAUAGAAGAAGACCCAUCUGAUGAAAAGGGGCACAAUGAAGAGAAACUGUCCCCCGUUUCAAGAAAGAAAGCACAUUUGGGGAGCUCAGACAAUGUUGGGACUGUCUCAAAUGAAGAACGAUCAGACAGUGGCUUUCCAAACUCGGUAAUAGCUGAGUUUUCUGAAGAACCGGUCUCUGAGAAUGUAUCACCUAACACUACUUCCUCAUUAGAAGAUCAGGGUGAGGAGGGGGCAUCUGAGCCCCAGGAGACAUCUACUGCUCUUCCUCAGAGUUCUCUGAUAGAGGUUGAACUUGAAGAUGUGCCAUUUUCACAGAAUGCAGGACAGAAGAACCAGUCGGAAGAGAAAAAGUCUGAAGCAUCUUCUGAGCAGCUGGAUCAGUUCACACAGUCAGCAGAAAAAGCUGUGGAUAGCAGCUCGGAGGAAAUAGAAGUGGAAGUGCCUGUGGUGGACAGGCGGAAUUUAAGAAGAAAGGCCAAGGGGCAUAAAGGACCUGCUAAGAAGAAAGCCAAGCUGACCUGAAGAAGAAAUGCAGAUGAUAAAUCCUCUCCUUUGUAACAUAAUUAUUGUUUUUAAAAUGUGGUAAUUAAUAAACAGCAUGGGGGCACAGGACAGAAAUUUCCACGAUUUCGAUUUGAAGUUAUUUACUAUGCAGUUUUUCUGUUCCCUUUAGGACCUAGGAUUCAUCAUUCUUUUUAAUUUUUGAAUAUUUUGUGUAAAUGCAGUUUUUUAUUUUUAUUAACCAUGUUUCAACUUGGGAAAACUAGAUCAUAUUAUAUUUUCUUUGGCAGGUGGAAUAUCUGACCAUUAAUAUUUCAAAAAAAUAAAAUAAAAAAACUGCAAGUAGUAGGUUUUCCAUGACAGGUAAGGAUCACGGAAAUCUUUUAUACUAGGGCUUUUAAUAAUAAAACUGGGUGAGGGAAUCCGGAAGUUUUAUGUUGGAUAUUAAAACUAAUCACCAUUCUUUUUUAAAUGUAGGCAUGCCUAAAUAAAGAUAAAUGCCAGCAAAUCGGAAUAUAACUUAAAAUAAAUGAGAGCACAAAAACAGAACCUUAUUUGAAGGUGAAUGAAGAUGUUAUUUUAGUUUUGGCCUUUUAAUCCUACAUGCUGUUUUCAUUCCACUUCAGUGUCUGUGGAAAGGUACACACAAAAUCUGUUUCUGACUCACUUUUGAUAUCAUCUGAUAUUAACAGUUCUGCUAGGGAUUUAAUGUGGCAUGUAGGCACUAAUACAGUUAUUUCGAAUUUUGUUUGAAGUAUUAGCUAUACUUUUUUUUUUAAUCUCUGCAUAUUUGCAAAUGCUUUUAUAAGCAUAAAGAGUACACUUGCACAUGUAACAGGUAAAACAUUCCAGUUAAUAUAACUUAGGGAUAUAGUUUAACUUGGACCCUGUGGUCCUGAUUUAGAGAUAGAUGAAUUUAGCAGGAGACUAUACAUUUGUCCUCACCCCAUUAGGAAGUAUGAAGCUCUUUCCUAAGGCUUCCCCUUAAUCCUGCCACUGCCCCGUUUCUGGAGUCUUAUUUAAAUUCUCUUCAGCUUUGAUCUACUCUCUCAGUGAUUCUCCAACGGAAAUACCUACUUGUCUGCCUGCCAGCUUAUGCCUUGGGUGUACAUUUUUGGGUAGGUUUGGAACUGUGCCAAUCUUAGACCUGGACAGCUUGGAGUAAAGCUGCCUAAGGAGCUGGAAUUACACAAGCUUAAGUCAUCUUGGGGGCUUCAGAUGUCCCUUUGGUCUUGCUCACUCUUUUUUUUUUUUAAAUUUAACUUUAUUUAUUAUCAUUAUCAUUGUUAUUUUCCAGUU